AUGAAUCAACUUAAACCAAAAUUAUCAUCUAUUUCAAAGUUUUCAUUUAUUCGGAUUAAUAAUAUAAAUAGAAUAAAAUAUUUCACAACUAAUACAAAUAUUGAUAAAAAUAAUGAAAAUAAUGAAAAUAAUGAAAAUAAUGAAAAUAAUGAUAUAUUUAAUUUAACCGAAAAAAUAGUUUCAAAAUUUAUAGUUAAUAAUAAUAUUAGGAAAAUUAAUGAUGAAAAUAAUAAAAAAAUUACAAAAAAAUAUCAAUUAAAUUUCAAUAAUAAAAAUAAUAACAAAAAUAAAUCAAAUAAAUUUCAAAAAGAUUUAAAUAAUGAAAAUAAUGACAAUGAAGAAAAUAAUGAAAAUAAUGAAAAUAAUGAAAAUAAUGAAAAUUACUAUAAUGAAUUAAAAGGUAAUAAUGGUAAUAAUAAUAAUAAUAAUAAUAAUAAUAAUAAUAAUAAUAAUAAUAAUAAUAAUAAUAAUAAUAAUAAUAAUAAUAAUAAUAAGAAAAAAAAAGAAUUAAAAGAUAAUUAUGAAAUUUAUGAAGAUCCAAAUCAAAGAAUUGCAUAUAAAACAUUAACAGUUGUAAAAGUUAAAGAUGAUACACAUAUAGAUUAUGCAUUACAACAAUUAAGAAUUCAAUUAAAGGGUAAAACAGGAUGGAAUAAAGAUAAAAAUAUAAUCAUUGGUAAUAUUCAAUGGUCAAGAAUUAAUGAUUUUAUAAAAAAUAAUACUUAUUAUGAUGAUAAUGAAGAUUUUAAUAUAAAAGUUAAAGAAAAUGAUGAUGAUAAUAAUAAUAACCAAUCACAACCAUUUAUUGGAUUUUGUAAACAAAUAUUUCCAAAUAGUAUUUUGAUUGAAGAACAAUCGAAUGGUAAAUGGAGUGAUAUUGGAUAUGAUUUCAUUUCUAGUAAUUUUAAACAUUGUAAAUGGAGAACAUGGAGAAUUCAAAUAGUUACACCCACAUCAGAGGCCAAAGUUUCAAACUACCGAUACCAAUUGACCAGAGCUAUAUUGACAAAGGCACGAAGAUUCAAUAGCCCACUUUUCGCAUGUUACAAUUUUGAAACCAUUAGAAAUGCUACAUUACCAAUCGAAGAGGAUGAAGCAUUGAUACAAAUUCUAUGUUCAGAUAAAAAGAGUAGUGGAUAUAUUAGUGUAGUUACACCACCGAUUUAUAAAUAUUUAGAGAAAAUCAUUGGUGUCUAUCCUUCACAUAUUGGUAGAGAGUUAAAUACAGAGUUAAUACCAAACUAUAUUUAUGAAUUGUUUACAAAUUCCGACCCUCGUCAGUAUGGUAAAAAUCAUAUUAGUCAUAUAAAAAGAAAUUUAGUAUCAAAAGUUGAUAUGUUAAAACUUGAGUAUAUUAAAUCAAUGAAAACCGAAGAAUUGGUUGAAAAUUUCUUACCAUCAAGAUCAUUUUUAAAAUUAUUUGAAUUGUUUCAAAAAUUUCCACCAAAUUUAACACCAUUCCCAUCAAUGAAACCAAACGAAACUGUCAUUGAUUUAGGUAGUAGUCCAGGUGGUUGGACAUUGUUUAGUUUACUUCAAGGUUGUCAUGUUACUUCAAUCGAUAAAUCACCUUUAAAUUCAAAAUGUUUAGAUUUAAAUGAUAGUAGAAAUUUAAAAUUUUUAGAAAUGAAUGCUUUUGAAUUUAAUCCAGAAUCAUCUUUCGAUUGGUUAAUCAUUGAUAUGAAAGUACCACCAAUGAAAUCAUUAAUUCUACUCGAUCAAUGGUUAAAUUUAAAACUUUGUCGUAAUUUCAUUGUAAACCUUAAAUUUCAAAUCACUGAUGUCAUUAUAAGUGAUCACGAAAAAUUCAUUCAAAAUGAUAUAACUCCAAAAACUAGUUAUAUUAAUUCAAUUUGUUUAAAUAAAAAUGGUUAUAAAGAGAUAACUUUAUUUGGGGUUACUAAUGAGUAA